AUGGGUAUUAAGCAUCUAUAUCAGAUUAUCACUGAGAAUGCUCCCGAUGCAGUCAAGACGGGCGAGAUCAAAAAUCACUUUGGUCGCAAAGUCGCCAUUGAUGCGUCCAUGAGUCUUUACAGUUUUCUAAUCGCCGUGCGAUCAGAGGGCCAGCAGUUGACGAGUGACUCGGGAGAAACAACAUCACACUUGAUGGGCAUGUUUUACCGCACUCUACGAAUGGUCGAUAAUGGCAUUAAACCUCUAUACGUCUUCGACGGAGCUCCACCCAAGCUUAAGUCCGGCGAAUUGGCUAAGCGUGGAGCGCGCAAGGCGGAAGCAUAUGAAGCUAUCGAGGAGGCUAAGGAAACUGGUACCGCUGAGGAUGUCGAGAAGUUCUCGCGACGAACUGUCCGGGUCACUCGUGAGCAUAACGAGGAGUGCAAGAAGCUGCUAAAGCUGAUGGGUAUCCCCUACAUCACUGCGCCAACUGAGGCUGAGGCUCAGUGCGCUGUUUUGGCGCGUGCUGGCAAGGUGUACGCUGCUGCCUCGGAGGAUAUGGAUACCCUCUGCUUUGACUCACCAAUUCUGCUGCGACACUUGACAUUCAGUGAGCAGAGAAAGGAACCAAUUCUGGAGAUUCAUGUGAAUCGGGUGUUGGAGGGGCUUGAUAUGGAUCGUAACAAGUUCAUUGAUCUUUGCAUUCUAUUGGGCUGUGAUUACCUUGAGCCCAUCCCAAAAGUCGGUCCCACGACAGCUCUCAAUCUGAUUCGCGAACACGGAAGUCUGGAAAAGGUUGUUGAAUUUAUGGAAAAGGACCCGAAAAAGAAAUACGUUAUUCCCGACAACUGGCCGUACCAGGACGCGCGAGAGCUAUUCAUGUCGCCCGAUGUCCGACCAGCAGAUGACCCCGAAUGCGACUUUAAGUGGGAGGCUCCUGACGUCGAGAAACUGGUUGAGUUCCUAGUUACCGACAAGGGAUUUAACGAAGAUCGCGUUCGCAACGGCGCGGCCCGACUACAGAAGAACCUCAAGAGCGCACAACAAUCUCGACUUGAGGGAUUCUUCAAGCCUGUUGCAAAAACGGCCGAGGAGAAGGCCAAUCUCAAGCGCAAGAAUGAAUCUAAAAUCCAAGAUCAGAAGAAGCGCAAGAAGGAAGAAGCCAAGGCCAAGAAGGAUCUUAAGUCCAAGCCGCGUGGAGCGAAUUGA